AUGAUGGUGACCUACUACGCCGAUCGCGCCUCUACACCCGGCACUCUCGUCGUUUCGGAGGCCACUGCAGUUUCACAUGACGAGGAAGGCCAGCGCAACAUCCCUGGAUUUACAAGUGACCGCCAGGUGGCCGCAUGGAAGGAGAUCAUCGACGCCGUCCACGCCAAGGGCUCGGUGUACUUCCAGCAGCUGUUUGCUCUUGGCCGCGCUUCUACCGCAGACUAUGUGGCCGAGAGCGGACGCCCGUACCGGUCCAGCAGCGCCGUCGCCAUGCAGGGCGUUGACGCCACGCCUACCGCGAUGACAGAAGAUGAAAUCCAGGAGACCAUCCGGGCCUUUGUGGACUCGUCGAAACGAGCGAUUGCCGCCGGGGCUGACGGUGUCGAGAUCCAUGCUGCUCACGGUUACCUGCUCGACCAGUUUCUGGCGGACUCGGUGAAUCGGCGCACCGAUCGUUGGGGCGGCUCCAUUGAGAAUCGAUCUCGGUUGACGCUCGAGGUAGUCAAGGCUGUUGUGGAAGCCGUUGGUGCUGAGCGCGUUGCUGUCCGCUUCUCGCCGUAUGCCGGUUUCCAGGGCGUCGAAAAGAGCGAUACCCGCGAGCUGUACGGCUACAUCGUCGGCGAGAUGAAGAAAAUGGACAAUGCCAGGUUCGCGUACUUGUCGCUGGUGGCCGCCACCGGCGACCCGGCCGCAAUCAUUUUUGGGGGCAAGGAAAUCAACAAAGGCAAAACGCUGGAAUUUAUUCUCGAGGCCUGGGACAACCAGUCGCCCGUUACGAUCGCUGGCGGCUACACUCCGGAGAUUGCCCGGUUGACAGUUGAUGAGCACUACCAGCAUUACGAUGUGCUUGUCGGCUUUGGCCGCCACUACCUCGCCAACCCAGACCUCGUGUUUCGCAUCAAGAAUGGCAUCCCGCUGAACAAGUACAACCGCAAGACGUUCUACCUGGUCAUGUCGAAUGUCGGCUACAACGACUACCCAUUCAGCGACGAAUUCAAAACGACCCAGGAGACUCUAGUGGCAGCAUGA